CACACACACACACACACACACGUUGAAAAAAAGAAAAUACAAAAGUGAAAAAUGAGUUGUAUUUUGGAGAAUAAAAAAGGAAGGAUAAAAUAGUGUUUGAAAUGAAGAGAGAGGCAGAAAAGAAACUAAUAAAAGUUCACCUACUUAUCACUGAAUUGAUAGAACCAAGUCUAUCAUAGUUGAUCAUCACACAAUCUUGCUGUUGCCGUGUACAGUGUUUUCUUAGUUCUGCUCGAUUCACUCAACAUCAUUUCAUGUAAGUCUUUACAGGCUCUUCUGAAAUCAGCCUGUUCAUCAUUUCUUAUAGAACAAUAAUGUUCCAUUACAUUCAUGCACCAUAACUUUUUCAGCCAUUUUGCAAUUGAUGGGCAUCCACUCAUUUUCCAAUUUUUUUGCCAUUACAAAAAAUAGCAGCUAUAAAUAUUUUUGCACAUGUGGAUCCUUUUCUGUCUUUUAUGAUCUGUUUGGAAUACAGACCCAGUGAUAGCACAGCUGGAUCAAGGGCAUGUACAGUUUUUUAGUCCUUUGGGCUCUCCAGAAUGGCUGGAUCAGUUCACAACUCCAACAAUGCACUAGUGUCCCAGUUUCCCCAAAUUAUCCCAAUUAUUAUUAUAAAUAACAUUUAUUAUGAUCUUUUCCUGUUAUUUAAGCCAAUCUGAUAGAUAUGAGGAGGUACCUUAGAAUUGUUUUAAUUUACAUUUCUCUAAUUAAUAGUGAUUUAGAGCCUUUUAAAAUAUGACUAUAAAUGGCUUUAAAUUUUUCAUCAGAAAAUUGUUCAUGUCCUUUGAAAUGUCUUGUAUUCUUAUAAAUCUGACUGAUUUUUUCAUAUAACUUAGUGAGGCACACACUGGGAGCUUUCUGCUUCCCUUUUACUCUUGGCUGCAUUGGUUUUGUUUAUGCAAAACCUUUUUAAUUUAAUGUAAUCAAAAUUAUCCAUUUUGCAUUUCAUAAUGUUCUCUAUUUCUCGUUUGGUCAUGAAUUCUCCCUUCUUUAAAGAUCUGAAGGAUAUUACUUGCUCUCCUAAUUUACUUAUAGUAUCACCCUUUAUGUCUAAAUCAUAUAUCCAUUUCAACUUUAUUUUGGUAUAAGUUCACUUACUUGUGAACAUGGACACCAGAACAAACCCAUUUCCAAAGCCACAUCCCAUCUUCCAGGCUCAGAUUCAGAAAGAGGAAGGCCAUCUAAGGAAGAGGGAAGUAACGUUUCUUUAGUACUUACUAUGUGCCAGGCACUUUACAAAUAUUCUUAUUUGAUCUUCAUACCAAAUCUCUGAGGUAGCUGUUAUAAUCAUUCCCACUUACAGUUAUGGAUGGAAACCAAGGUAAAAGCAUGUCAAGGUCACACAGCUAGUAAGUACAGGAGGCCACAUUUGAACUCAGGUCUUCCUGAUUCCAUGUCCAGCAACCCAUGAGUCACCUAGCUGUCCUAUUGAUUCAUCAGUUCUCUUUCCUUGGGUGUUCACUUGGGUGUUCAGGGGCCUUCUAUUGUCUAUUUUUAAUCAUUUUUCAUCAAAGAGCAUUUUUCAGGCCUGAGUUGCUGGGAGCUAGAGGAUAGGGACUCCUACAGGUAGACUAAGCAAACCACUCAAGAAACAACUCACCUUACAACCCAGACAAGAGGAGGUAGUGAAAGUGGGAGACCUAGCUGUGGACAGGGGUUUGUGGUUUCUGCUCUGUUGGCUCCGAAUUUCUUCCUGCUGGCAUUUCCCUUGGGAAACCCUUCAGUAAAAUCUGAGGCUGGUGUCUCCUUUGUAUUGAAGACCCCCGAAUGGGGAGGAGAAAAGUGACAUAACCCUUUGACUGCAGUAAGUAACCCCAACUCACAUCCACCUCUCUUGAGGUAGUGAGAAACAUCGCUCUGGAGGGAUGUUUUCCUCAGUGCCAAAUCUCCUUGGAGACCAGGGGGUCAUUCCUUGGUUUUCCAGCUUCCCCACUCAGCCUGCGGUUCUCCUGGGACAAAGCUGGCUUUCUUUGCUCCUCCCCUUCCCCCCAGUCGCAUCCCCCCGAUUGCCUCCAUCCUUUUCUCCCGGGCUGGAGCUGCGGUGGGGCUUCCGAAGCAGCCGGAUUGUGGAGGCGUUAGGGUGUUCAUUGUAUGAGAAAUACUGGGGCUCGGAGUUAGCUCGAAGGAGCGGCAAUAGCUGGUCACUCCAGGCCAGGGAGCAGAAUGGAACGAGGUGCGGAUGGAUUCCUAGAUUUCCCCUGCAGCACUAAUGCUUCGGCUGCCCUGGAAAACGCCAGUGAUGUGAGCGGCAGCUGGGAGGGUUGGCAGCCCGAGGCAAUCAUCGUACCAGUGCUCUUCGCUCUCAUCUUCCUCGUGGGCACGGUGGGGAACUCUCUAGUCCUAGCUGUGCUGCUGCGCAGCGGCCAAAUGAAUAGCACCACCAACCUGUUCAUUCUCAACUUGGGUGUAGCGGAUCUCUGUUUCAUCGUUUGCUGCGUGCCCUUCCAAGCGACCAUCUACACCCUGGACGGGUGGGUGUUCGGAUCUCUGCUUUGCAAGGCAGUUCACUUUCUCAUCUUCCUCACUAUGUACGCCAGCAGUUUCACACUGGCUACCGUCUCUCUAGAUAGGUAUCUGGCUAUCCGCUACCCAUUGCACUCCCGAGAGUUGCGGACUCCCCGGAAUGGGCUGGUAGCCAUAGGCCUCAUCUGGACACUGGCGCUGAUUUUCUCGGGACCCUACCUCAGCUAUUAUAGUCAGUCAGAAUUGGCCAACCUGACCGUGUGCCAUCCCGCCUGGAGCGCACAGCGACGUCGAACCAUGGAUGUCUGUACCUUUGUCUUCAGCUACCUGCUGCCGGUUCUCGUACUUAGCCUGACCUACAUUAGAACCCUGCGCUAUCUCUGGCGGACUGUUGAUCCAGUGGCCACUCUUUCCGUAUCCAAGCGCUCUAAGCGGAAAGUGACGCGUAUGAUAGUCAUCGUGGCUACGCUCUUCUGCCUAUGUUGGCUACCCCAUCACGCCCUCAUCCUCUCGGUCUGGUUUGGACACUUCCCUCUUACUCGAGCUAACUAUGUGCUGCGCAUUCUCUCCCAUUUAGUCUCUUAUGCCAAUUCUUGCGUCAAUCCCAUUGUGUAUGCACUCGUCUCCAAACACUUCCGAAAGGGCUUCCGCAAAAUCUGUGAGGGGCUAUUGUGCCGAGCUCCUCCGCUCGGCUCGCGGCGCGUGAGAGUUGCCCCAACUAGUUCUCGCCAGGGCAACCUGCUGGUUCACGACUCCGUCGCUAUGAUACCUGUUUGCAAAGUAGCAGAUCCUAUCAUUUCGGUUCCUGAAUAUCCUCCGAGAGAUUCAGUUUUGAGCCCCUUACCUGGCCCAUCUUGGAGAGUAGAGAGCGAAGGCUCCCUGUAGCCUGUACAUCCCCUUCAAUGCAAUGAGAACUGAAUCUGUAGAACAGAGUUUAAGAAUGUUGUUUUGAAGCAACAUUAUUCCAUGAUCAAUUGGGAUAGACUUAGCUCCUCUCAGCAAGGCAAUGAUCCAAGACUGUUCCAAGAGUCUCAUGAUGGAAGAUGCUGUCCACGUCUGGAGAAAGAACUAUGGAGUCUGAAGAUCAAAGAAUACUGUUUUCACUUUUUCUUUCUUUCUCAUGGUUUUCCUCACUUGUUCUGAUUCUUCUUUCACAGAAUAGCUAAUGUGAAAACGUUUAACAUGACUGUACAUAUAUCACUUAUAUCAAAUUGCUCACUGUCUUGGGGAGAGGGAAAGGAAUUUGAAGAGAAAAAAGUUGGAGCUCAAAAUUUUAUAAAAAUCAAUGUUGAAAACCAUCGUUACAUUAAUUGGAAAAAAUACUAUUAAGUAUGGGGGGGUGCUUUUUUGUAGGGACUGACUGGGAGGGAGCAGUCAAGAGACUCAGUUUUGGAGUUUAAGCGCUCAAACUGCCUCAAUGUAUAUAUAUUCCUCAUUCCUCGUUUGUCAACAUGGGGGAGGCCAGACUCUGGAAUUAGGGAUGGCAUAGAAGGAAACCCGGGAAUUAUAGAGGUUUGCCCAUCAUCACCCCACCAUGCCUUGGCAUUUUGCUGAAAGAACUCCUUUCCUGAACUGAGUUUCGGAAACUUUGGAACUGAGAUGCCAACAAUUGUGUAGGAUCUAAGAAAUCAGGCGACUGAGCAGCCUGUAAAAUCAAAAACAACAAAAAACCCAAUCAGUCCAGCUGCCAGAAAGUUCCGGGGUGGGACAGCUGGACUAGAUAUGAAACUAGAGGCCAUUUCAGGCACUUGAUGGGUCUCUUAUAGAGUUAGCAGAGGACAAGUAAUGCACUUAGGUUAACUGAUAAAACGGGUACUCUCUAGGGAAAGUCCUGCUUGCACUGGCUAUCCACAACCUUUUCCUCCAGCUAUUGGAAAUCACUGGGCAGGUGCAUUUAAGAUUAUUCCAAAUAAGUCUCAGGCCAAGAUUUGUUCACUCUUUAGGUCAUUUUCAGCAAUUCCUUUUCUCCCCAGGGUUUGGAAAGUUUCAUGUGAACCCCAGGUCUGCAACGUCUGUCCUGGUCUGGAGUGAAAGCUGUGAGUAGUCGUAAUGUAGGCACUGUAUUACUAGAGAACCAUGGUUAGCAUCGGAGCCACCGAGGCUUGCUUUCUGCCUUCGCAACUCGGAACUCCUUGGCUACUAGUGCCCUCUCUCAGAACUUUAAUUGUUUACAGGAAGGAUAUGCACGCUUGCCAAUAAUAUUUAAGCCACAUCUAAACCUUUUUUCUACCAGGGAUAGAGCUGAAGCUCCAUGGAGCUGGAACAAAUCAGCAGAAGGCAAAAAAUGUGAAUGCCUCAGUUCCUGAACGCUGUAUCAGGCCCAGGUGGAGGGAAGUUUAGGCUUAGGGACAGGUGCAGGGGCGGGCUUGACGGGAUCUGGGCUUUGUUUUCGGCUAUUUGCGGAACUGAGGGAGGGCAAAUGAGCUCCAAACUGGGAGCAAUUCUUCUCUUUUGCACUGGACAGCAGGCUAUUGUACCCGAGUAAGAGCAAGUGCAGCUUUGGAGCUAAGGGCAGAGGGAGACCAAAUUGCAUCAAGGCCCCGUCUCCCGGUUUGUACGCCGGAUCAGGUUUAACUUGUCCCUUUAGUGCCUUUGCAGCGCCUUCCUGAUGGCGAUUCUACAGCUGCUGCUUGAGCUCUCCCUCCUUGGGUCCGGUAUGAUUAAGUCCAAUACCCCUUCUUCCCGACUCCUCUCCCCAGAGUAGAACUAUCCUUGCUAGGGCCACAAUCCCUCGUCCCAUUCCUCUGUCCCUAGUUCUCCAACUACAUUCUGAGGAAGUGGGAGGGAUCAGGUAUUUGAGUGGCCAGGUUAACAUCAUCAAGAUUCCCUGCCCCCGUCUUCGUUUUCCAUUUCCACAGCCUGGAUGCCCCUAGCUUGCCUAGAAUCGCUCUUGGCAGCUGAGGUCAGUCCUCAGAUCCCGGAUAAUGGGAGUGCGCCUCUGCUCGUUGACGUGCAUGUGUUUGUGUCCAAUGUCUUCGAUGUGGUGAGGAGGGCCGAACACUGGGAGGGAGGGUGCCAAAAGCCUAGGAUGUGUUCUGACCUGGAGCCUCCUUGCCCCCUAAGUGAUGAUGCUGUCCUUUCCUCCCCUCUCCCUAACAGAACAUCUUGCAGUACACAGUGUCCUCUGCGCUGCUAUUGAGACUGGUGAGAAUGGUAAUAAGGUGGGGGACUGGGACCCGUUGACAGGAAGAGGAAGGGGCGCAAAGAUGCUAUCUUGGUAGCUGGAUCGCGGUUUAGAACGCAAAUCAGGAGCGCAGGCUUGCAGCCAGCCACUUUACUAGUCUUCGCGAAUAAUAGAACCUCUCUGCCACCUCAAAGGAGAGCAAGGAGGUGGGCAGCUCAGCCUUAUCCCUUUUUUUCAGUCGUGGUUCGACCCUCAUCUGUCGUGGCAUGAGACUACAGACCCACGGAGUUCCAUCACCUUGCCCUCAAACUUGCUGUGGACCCCGGACCUCACCAUCCGCGAAGGGCGAGUUGGGAUAUGUACCCCCAGGCUAUUCCUGGCUCUUCUCCAAAGUCUCCCAGGGCAGAUCCCCUAGUCUGUCUCUAAAGUCUGUCACCUAUGCUUAGCGAAAUGUCGGUUGUGGCUUCCAAGGAGCAGAUGGAGGGGAGAACAAGGCCAUUUGAUUUUCCCCAUCUUCCAACUUAUUGCUUAGAGUCAUGGAGUUAGGAGAAGCUGUAAAAGGAGGGCCUGACAUUCUGGUGUUGGGCUCCUCUUUCCCUAGCCUCUCUGUAGAAUGGAGAGAGCACAAUCCACGGGCGCGGGUAAGCAGAAAGGGUUUUGUGGAGCUCUACACCGCGGUCACCACCAAGACGAACUGUGACUUUGAACUUCUCCGUUUCCCCAGUGACAAAAGCGACUGCAACCUCAGUUUCUAUGCUUUCAGCAACACAGGUAUAGGGAAGUGGAUGGGAGGUACAAGAACAGGUCCCAGAAAAUUCACUCUUGCACUAUUCUCACUGAGCCCCUUAUUUCUAUCAGUUUGAGUUCUUCAGCCUUGUAUUUCCCUGGGUUGUGCUUAAGACUUCCCAAUUAAAAACUGGCCCUUUUAACUCCCCAACAUCAAUGUACUCAAAACCUUUCAUUCAACUCAGGAUCAGUUCUCAUGUUCUUCUAGCUGGUAGCAAAACCAUGUUCCUAUUAGCUUCACAUCUACCUAAAGGCUUGGUAUCCACCUGUGUUCCGCUAUCUUCCUGUCAUUUCCACCCCUGCAUCCCCCCAUCCCCUUCCCUGUCAAAGUUUUAAACUUUAAAGGCCAUUAACUGUUCUAUGCUCUCUGUCCUUUUUUUUUUUUUUCCUGUGAAAAGCAAAAGCAUUGCCUUGGUCAAGAGUAACAGGACAGUAUGGAGAUCUUUGAUCUUUUUUUUUUAUGUUCUUCUAGCUGAUAGCAAAACCAUGUUCCUAUUAGCUUCACAUCUACCUAAAGGCUUGGUAUCCACCUGUGUUCCGCUAUCUUCCUGUCAUUUCCACCCCUGCAUCCCCCCACCCCCUUCCCUGUCAAAGUUUUAAACUUUAAAGGCCAUUAACUGUUCUAUACUCUGUCCUUUUUUUUUUUUUUUUUUCUUCUGUGAAAAGCAAAAACAUUGCCUUGGUCAAGAGUAACAGGACAGUAUGGAGAUCUUUGAUAUUUUUU